UGUAACCAAAAAAAAAAAAGAAAAUUGUAAUCGUUUUCCGUAGUAAGACGACAGACAGUUGGGUUGAGGGAAGAGUCAUAGACCAACUAUAUAAAAAGGAGGUGCUUCAGACAGUGUAGAGAGAUAAAUUAACCCCUCUUCUUUAUUAUUCAGUGUCUGUGUUGUCUACCAUAUCUACUUUCUCGCUCUACGUAUAUAAAAACUUAUACUGUAUGGCGGCCAGUUUGCAAAGUCGCAGAGUUGCGAGCUUCGGUAAGGGAUUCGUCAACCAGAUCCAGAUCCAGAUCCGCGCCAGAAGCUCUCGCGAUGCAGCUCAGUCUCCUUCCCUAAGGAUGAGGAGGGCUGUGCAUGUGUCGGUGUACGACAAGAACCCCGAUGGUGAUCAGGUCCACCCAACGGUGGUUCCAGAUGAAGUAAUCCAGCCCCAAUCUGACAAGUACUGGGCUCCGCACCCCAAAACUGGUAUAUUUGGCCCUGUGACUGAGGGCGGGGAACGUUCCUUCCCCAGCUCGCCUGCGAGUGCCAAUGACGAUUCGGCGUUGGAGCAGCAGGCCUUCUUCCGCCCUAUGGAGGAUUUGGAAAAGCCACCUCCUCCUUGACGCGUGUAUAUAUAAAUAGAUAUAUGUGUGCGUGUGUUAAUAACUAGUAAGGCCAUCAUGAACGAACUUUAUGCAAUGAAAACUGAUGCUAUCUGGGUGUGUACAUAUGAGAUAAUAUGGUGCUUUGCUAUGAAAAAUACUGUUACUUUUAUCUUGUGCCCCUAUUUUUUCAUGAGCAAUGUUACGUGAAUUUA